AUGGCAAACAAAGAAUCAACAAAGAAGUCUACUGCUACAACAACUAAAGCUACCACUGCUGCUGUUGUUGCAACUAAAAAGGUUGAAAAGACACCAACCACCGCUGCAACUACAGUAGCUGCAAAGAAGAAUAUCGUAGAUACACCAGUAAAGAAACAAGUAGCUGCUGCUACUGCUGCUGAUACUAAAAAGAAGGUUGUUGAAGAAAAGAAAGAGAAAAAGGUUGUUGAAGAGAAAAAGGUACCUGCUGCUGUUGUAAAGACUGUUGUUGCUACUCCAACUCCAACUCCAGCUCCAGCUGUCGUUGUCCCAACUCCACAACAAGAGAAGAAGAAAAUAGAUAAUAAGACUGUUACUAAAAAGACUGUUGAAAAGAAAUCAAAUACUACUACACCAACUACUACAUCAACUACUACCACUACACCAUCCACAAAUGAAACUACUACCACUACUACUACCUCUGCAGAUGCAGUAGUUGCCGCACCAACAGUAUCAAUAUUUGGAACAUUAUCAGCAGCCAACAAUGAUGUAAUGAAUGCAUUCUCUGCAUCCAAUGAGUUCAAAGAAGCUCCAGUGCCAGAAAAGGCACCAGUCAUCCCAAAACCAGUUGAAUUGGGUCCACACGGCAAACCAAUCCUCACAGAAGAAGACAAAACCAAGAGAAAGGAACAAGACACUAAAGCAAGAGAAGAAGAAGGAAAGAGAACCAUCUUUUUAUCAAAUGUCGAACUUCAUACCAAUCCAAGAGAAUUAAAACAAUUCUUUUCAAAAUAUGGUAAAGUAGAAUCAGCACGUUUAAGAUCUAUUUCAACCGAGAGUAAAGACUCUAAUCGUAAGGAUUCAUACAUUAACAAAAAGUUUAACGAGAAACGUGAGACUUGCAAUGCAUACGUUGUAUUUGAAAAGGAAGAGAGUGCACAAAAGGUAGUUGCCGAAUGCAACGGUAUCAUCUUCAAAGAACGUCAUUUAUACGUUGAUUUGGCAUCACAUAAACAUGAAAAGGGUUCAGUUGAAGAAACUGUUUUCAUUGGUAAUGUUCCAUUUGAAUCUGAAAAUGAAGAAAUAUUUACAUUGUUUGAUCAUGCAUUUGGAGGAGUUGAAAGUGUUAGAUUAGUUAGAGAUGGACAAACUGGUCAAGGAAAGGGUUUCGGUUAUGUAUUAUUUGAAAAGAAGAAAUAUGCAAAGGCUGCCAUCAAGGCCAAGACCAUCAAGAUGAACGAACGUGAACUCCGUAUCUUCCCCAACAAACAAAAUCCAAAGGGCAAAAAUGUAAAGAAAACACCUGCUCCAGGUGCACCAGUCAAACAAUCUGGUAGAAAACCUGCAAUGAAAAAGAAACCAUCUUCCAAAUAA